GAUGGUGGCAGCUGGGGGGACUUACGUGGAACUCGUCUGUAAGUGAACGUCAUCGGCGGCUUUCACCAGAUAAACUCAGUUAUUAACAAAUUACAGUUGUUCUGUCAAUACCUGCCGUUCGAAUAAGUGUUGUAAGGCUUGAUGCUAUUGACUUGAAGGGGUACUGGUGUUCUAGAAGAGGAGAAUGGAACGGUUAACAUGGGUAAUGACGAUAUUAGGGGUGUUGGUGGCGGCGGCGGAUGGAGUGAUGUUCCACCUACAGCCUAACACUCAGAAAUGUCUCAGGGAAGAGAUUCAUAAAGAUGUCCUCGUGUCUGGAGAAUACGAAAUUCAGGAGUCACCUGGACAGAAAGUCGAUAUACAGGUUACAGACUCCAAGGGUCAUCACCUCUAUGUAAAAGAAGAAGCAGAGAAUGGCAAGUUCAUUUUCAACACCGAGGACAAUGAUGUGUAUGAAGUAUGUUUCAUUUCUAGGGUCCCCCCAACUCAGCGAGGCAUCCAGCAGGAGAUCACCAUCAAAACCAAACAUGGGGUGGAAGCCAAGACAUAUGAGGCACAGAUGUUUUUGGGCGAAGCAGCCAAGUUAAAGCCUCUGGAGAUUGAGCUGAAGCGUCUGGAGGACCUUAGUGAGAGCAUUGUACAAGACUUCUCAUACAUGAGGCAACGUGAAGAAGAGAUGAGGGACACCAAUGAGUCUACAAAUUCUCGUGUGCUGUACUUGUCUUUGUUCUCUCUCUGCUGCCUAAUUGGCCUAGCCACCUGGCAAGUCCUCUACUUACGCAAGUUCUUCAAGGCCAAGAAACUCAUUGAGUAAAACUAAAAACCUCAGUUUAACAAAGAACAAGUGUGUCUCAAGUUUGGGAUACAAAUUUUAUUAUCCUCAGCAUUAAAAAUCUGACACAUUAUUUUGAAAAUAUUAGAAUACAUGUGUACUUUAUAAAUUAUUUAUGCAUUUAAUGAAUGUUUUUAUUAUUCUUAAAUUUGACUUGUGUCAUUAUUUCAUAAAAGAAUAAUACACUGGUAAUUACUGUAUUUGAAUAAACAUAGCUGAGAACUAUUAGAAGUAUUUAGAAUUUUCUUCUUAUGAAUACAUUCUUGCUAAUGCAUUUUAAUUUUUGUUGAGAUUUUUAUCCAGUUGUCGCAAAUGGUAAAAGGAUCAAAAGUUAUAAGUACACAAGAAUUAUUAUUUCUUAGAGAGAAAAAAAGGAAAGUGCUAAAGGCUGAAUAGUUUUUGAUUUUAAAGGAAUCCUAAAAUAAGUAAAUAUGUUUAUAUGUACUGUAUACAGAUGUGAUUUGAGUUCUUGAUUUUGUCAAGGACUGAAACAUUGACCCUCGGAUUACAAUUAUCGUUUCUUAAAUAUCAUUAUAACUCGGCACAAGAUUCUCAAUUCACAUAAAUUUUAAGGUAAAGCUUUUGUAAAAUAAUGUGAGUGUGGAUAGGAAUACCCAAACUGUUGCAUCCUUACUUCUGUAACACUUGCAUCAGUGUAAAUGAAUUGUGAUUACUGUGGCUAUUUAGAAAUUUUCUGCGUGUAACUUUCAUAAAAGGGAAACAGGUAAAUAUUCAUUGCCUUGUGAUGCAAAGUGAUCACUUGUGUAAGUGGUGCAUGAAAGUUUGUUGGAAAGAUCAUUUGUCUUUUACAGUGUGUUUCAUGUGAUAUAUUGGAUGUGCUGUACUGACUGACAGUGUUUUGUAAUACCAUUAGCUGUAUACUGUAUGCUAUUGUACAGUUACUGUAUUGCAAGUUUAAGUUAAACAGAAGUUGGAUGUACAUUUUUGUUUCUUGUUUUCUGUUUUAUGUGUUUACUUUUCUUUAUCUAGGUAUGUAAUUGCAAGUGAACAGUGUCAAAAUGAGCACACGUAUUCCAGAAGUUUUAGGUAAUAGGAUAUUUAGGAAUUAAUGCUGUCUAAUUGCAACACCUCUUUAUGGCUCUAUAGAAGCACACAAAAUAUUCAGAUUUGGUAAAAUAUGAAGGAAUAGCUAUUAAGAUUUUUCAUAUGGAAAGUAAAGUGGUAUGCAGGUGUUGUGUGACAUUUCAUUUUGUACAGGAAGCUUUGCUUUGCUUUUGAACUAUAAAGUUUAUUGGAAUUACUGUGGGUUUAUCUUUGACAUGGAAAUGAAAAAUAAAAUAUAUUUUAUUAAACAGGGUUUAUGAAAAAUCCUGAUAAAGCCCUCCACAAAAUAUUGAUGUUUUCUGUACACCAUAGGACAGGCAUACUCAUCAGUAAUGUUAGGUCUUAUACUUUGCUUGAUGGAAAAUGCAAAAUCUUUUGAUCUAUGUAUCGUCAUAUAAUGUACCUCAACGAGAUAGCGUGAUAAGAGUACUAUAGUUAACAGCCUUGCUAGAAUUUAGUUAUUCAUACAAAGCUCUGUCAUGUUACACAAGUUGAAUCAUUAAUUCAGCAUUUGUAUUGAAGCAAGGUGUUUUAAAUUGUUUUAUGGUGCUGAAAGCUUGGGUUGAAGGAAACAAGCAGUCUCCUUAUAUAAUGUGCCUCACAUGAUAUCUUUGGGAUUUCAACCGAUUCCUUGUAGAGUGGAAUCAGAUCGGUCAAAACGACUAAAAGUUGCACGAGUUUUUGAAGAUUAACCUUUUGCACAUUAGUUUAUCACUGAAAGUCUUUAAGUACAUUUUGUAGGUUGACAGAAGUUUUUCAAAAUAAUUAGAAUGAGCUAUGUUGUAUAAUGCAUUAUUUCACAUGACUUAUAUAAGCUCGCAUAUUGUUAGGUGGUCUGGUGUGACUGUGUGUGAAUCUGUGAGUCAUUCUCAGUGAAGUGUUCAGAUCUUGAAUAAAUAAUAAUUUGUA